CUAGAAUACUAAAUAUACAAGGUAAUUUUUAAGCUAUGUAAAAUGAGUGCAACCAAACUACUGUACUAAUACUGCGAGAACAAUGCUACCACAAUGGAUAAUAAUAGGUGUUCUAUUUGCCGUGAACCUAACUGGUUGUUUUGGCAACGCCUUUGUGUCCAGGAGCAAGGAUGGAACGAUAUCAGUGGUAGGACCAGCAUUUGUGAACAGGGAAGUUACACUGAAAGUGAUACAGUUCUACCCUUGGGAAUGUGACUUACAAUGGAGGUACAUACUAGACAAGGGCACAACAGUCCAAACACUGAAUGGGACAAAUGUAAACAGAUAUUCGGAAGAUGGGUCAUUCUUUUUGAAAUGGACGGCUUCAGCUGAAUACAACAGAGCUCAGUUCUACGCCGUCUGUUCAACAAACGUUCGAAUUAGAACAGGAAUGACAUCUUUAAAUAUGAAAGAUAUUGUUGGAAAAUGUGGGGCACUCGGGCUUCUAAGUCCUGUAGUCCUCGGCGCGGACGUCGAACUUGGAUAUUUUCCGUCUGGCCAUGUAAUACGGAACAAAACUGACACUAAACGAAAAUGGAAGAAAGACAAUCACGAGAUACAGCUACCUGAAGGGUUUUACUCAGAGAAAAGAGUAACUGAAUAUUUGUACAUAUUGACUAUAUUUAACUUCAAUAAAACAGAUGAAGGAAUGUAUGUUUUAAAUUGCCAUUCAGGUGGCAACACGGAUUCUGUACAGCUUAAUAUUUCAGAGAGACCGGGUUUUCCAGUUCUCGGUCCAAAGUAUCCUGACUUUAAUACAACAGAAUGUAUUUAUGUUUAUGGAGGCUCCAAGUUUUAUUGCAAAACUGAAAAUGGAACAGAGCCAGUACAAGUAGCACUUUUAGUUGGCCAGGAUUUAUUUACUCCUGCUGAAAUCGAAACGAAGAGAGGGAUGUACCGAUUAUAUGACGUUAAUCAACACAUGGCUGGACUGUCAAGACGGAAUGUGACAUGUCAGGUUUCUAAUGCAGCCCUUGAAACACCGUACGAAGUACAAGGCACCUUAUGUAGCGUAGAAAAAGGUAGCCGGCCUGUUCUUAGAGUUCCUGAACAACUUCAUGGAAUAAACUCUACAUCAAUUUGUGAAGUGCGAGAUGCUUUUCCAGCUCCGGCAAUAGAAAUACGUGUUGACAAAGUUUUGCAAGCAGAUGUUCAACAAAUUGAUUUAUUUAAUGGAUCUUCUCAUACGUUUACCAGCACGGCAACGAUGACAAAGACGAACAAAGCUUGGCAUGGAAAAUGAAUGUGCUGUACCAUGAAAACCAAAUACGAGUUUGGUCUUGGAAAUGUGUCAGUAUGCAAAAACAUCAGUAUGAAAUGUGAUCCGACUUUAAAUCUGAACAAGACAUCACCUGUUGAUUUACUUCCGAAUAAAACAGUGGUCGUAAAAUGUACCGUGGAUGACUGCAAUGCAAAUGCAUUAUGGACGCUUAGGUGGGAAGAUGAACAUAACUCUAUAAUAAAGACUUGUAAAAAAACAGAGGAAUGCCUGUUAACACUGAAUUAUAUGGUAGAAGGAGAAAAGACGUAUACAUGCAGCGCCAGGAAAUCACAGGACCUUCUGAACAUUUCAUUGACAGUUUCAAGUUCAAUGAGUGAUGGUGGCCCGACACUGUCGUUCAACACUACAUCACCUGUUUAUUUAUGUCCGAAGAACACAGUGACCGUCAAAUGCCGUGUUGAUGGCUCCAAUGCUAAGGGACAAUGGACGCUUAUGUGGGAAGAUGAAAAUAACACUAUUAUAAAGACAUGUAACAAAACAGACACCUGUCUGUUAACAUUGACCUAUAUGGGAGAUGGAAAGAAGACGAUCGUCUGCAACGCUCGGAAAUCAAAGGAGCUUCUGAGAUAUUUCUUGACAGUUUCAAGUUCAAUUACAAAAGCAUUAUUUAUGCAGUCAACUACUGUAAAAGAAAAUAAUCAUAACAUACUUAACUUAACCUGCAAUUCUGGUGAAACAUGCAUGCCAUGUACGAUUGCGUGGAGCAGCAACUCCGUCUUUCUUUACCCAAUAUCGACAUCACAAUGGACGAAGAAAAGUGACUCAGGCUAUAUAAGUGUUUCAAAUGCACUCUUUUUCAUAACUAAAGAUGUGAAAGGAAAACGGAUACAAUGUUCUGCAAAUUGUAGGAACGAUUCAUCUGAUAUAAUACAUGAAACAUACACAAUUGGGUUUGAUGCUUUUCAAGAAGCAGCUACCAACCCUGCAUCCUUUGUAGUCCAACCAUUGCACAUGUCGGUCCUUUAUGCGUUAUCUGGAACCAUUUUACUUUUACUCGUAACAACGUUAACCGUGCUUCUAUUUCGUCGAUGCAAAUCUCAGGCGUAUGAAAUGUUUCUGCGCCGAAGAAAACCUGCAUAUAGCGACAAAAGCAACCAUGUGUACGACGCUGUUCAGUCUACUGUUAAGACAACGAUGCUUCACGAGCUAAGGAGAAUAUCUGCAAGUGCCUCUGAGAACAUAUCUCCUCUAUCGGCUAUGGAAGAAAACCAAGUCUCUUCAAACAGGAACGUUUGCCACUACGACUAUGUGGAUACCUCAUCUCACGACCAACACCAUGAGACAAUUACACAGGCUGAGUCUUACAUUCACGCGAUAUAAAGCAACUAAUCUAACAAAAUUGUACAGAAGGCACAACCAAUACUAUUUUUGUCAAUAUUCGUGAGGAUAUUUUAAUAUGAUUUUUCUAAUCUUUGAGUCGAACUGGAUAUUCUUAAACAUCUUUUGAUCGUAUUGGGUUAAGUCAUGUUUUGUAUUUUGGUUUUAUCCAAUGUUCAAUAUCCCUCAGCAUUUCUCGAGGUCAAGCGUUUUGACCUACUGUGAAAUCAUUAAUGUAAGUGGGCAUGAAAUUUCGUGGUUUGCCGAAAAAAAACAAUUUCGUGGGUACUUAAAUUCGUGGAUUUUCAUUUUUGAAAAAAAAAAUCGAAGAUGCGAUCGUCCUAGAUCGUCUGCAUAAUAUCCACGCGCUGGCCCGUGAUUUCCGUCUUCUACGUCACUCGAUUUAUGACACUCGCUAAUGUGGUACGACAUGCCAAUUAGUGCAUAUACCCAUGUCACUUAUCGAUUUAAUUGGGAAUAAAGGUAAUAAAAGAAGAUGUACCCUGAUCAUAAAUACAGAUAGGGGAAGCCAUUUAAUGCCAAUUAAGAAUUUUGCAAACUGUGAAAACACCGAAAAGGUGCGUUUAUUGUCACGUUCGGUGCUUAGUAACCUUCAAUGUACUAGUAAUCGAUUAAUUAUUUCAUUAAAUAAAAAAAUCGAGUACAGACACUCAUCACGCACAUCUUGUAAACUUGGAGAUUUUCAUUAACAGCACACGUUUAAACACGUGCUUAUAACUGUCAUUUGCUGCAUAAAACACAUUUAAUUGAUUUGGUUCAUUAUUUGUUAAAAGCAGUUAUAAUAUGUUAACAGAAUAAUGAUCGUAAGUUAUACAGUGAGACAGGUUUUAACACUGUAUACUGCGACCUCUGUAAAUAAUAUACUAGAGUAUGUACGUAACAAGGCAAUUGAAAAAGUGAAUAAAGGGUUUAUAUUUCGUGGGAUCUUGAAUUCGUGGAUCACCUAACCCACGAAAACCACGAACAUUAAUGCCCCACGAACAUUAAUGAUUUCACAGUAUAUAGUUGUAACACAUUUUGUAAAGCCACGGAAUACACAAUUGACACCUAGACUUUUAAUUUAAUAACAUGUAUGCCAUAAUAUAAUAAGAUAUUAUUGUCUACGACAGAUUAGUAAUAAGAUCAAAUAUGAUAUAUAUAGGCUAGUUCUUAGGCUAGUGUAUUUAACAAAUGCUUUUAAAUCUGGUUCAUUAUGUUAAGCCUUGAUCCGCAAUAUGUAUAUACUAAUUGAAACAAUACAUGAUAACAUCUUAUAUUUCAUUUAAUAGUAUUUGUAAUUGAAUUGUACUUAUACUCAUAUUGUAAGUAUGUCUAAGUACAAACUAUUUGUUUAAAUGUAUAUCCACACAUAUUGCAUUAUAUGACUUACAUUGCAUGUAUCGUUGGUCAUAUUUAUCUAAUUCAAUUAUUUAUGAUGUGUAUAUUGUUACUGAAUAAAUUUGUUUC